AUGGAGGGCUACAGGCAGGAUGAGCGCUUCCAAAACGGCUCAAACAAUGGCACGUCUUCGAUUCCCGUGCAGUGUGGAAGCAAAGGCGAACUGCGCCCAGCCUUUGAGGAACAAACCAGUUCCAGAGACGCAUGCCAGUUGAACGAAUUGCCACCAAGCGCAGCCUUUCGGGGAGAGGCAAUUCGGCAAAAAGAAACAGAGCCAGGUUGCAAAGUCCAGCCUGGAGUAACAAGGCCCCUCGGCUGGACGGCUACCAAAACAUGCCAGCAGAUCAAGCCGUCCUCAUACAGGCUUGGCGGUGACACCACAAACUACCGGGGAGUUCAAACGCCACCAGCUUUUCGGGAAGGCGCCAAUCCAGAGGGCUCUCGUCCUGUUGCACGGCCUUUGUCUGUCGGACCAUCGGUCCGUCGAUCACAACUCAUGGCCAAUCGCCGCUCCAAUGCAUCCAGUGUGAACAUUCCUGAACAGAGGCGCCUAGCGCGUCAGCAACAGCAAAUGCUGCAGUUCAAAUUGCACACUAAGAAGGAUGGCAAAGUUCCGGGAAGCCUAGGUAAUGUUGGAGAUUAUCUCUUGCAUACGGAUGGAUCAAACUGCUCUGUUAGAUAUUCAGAAACACAUGCAUUCACUGGUUCAGAUGCAUUUGAAGAUCCCAGCCUCCCACAUCUCCAGAGACGUCGCACAUGGAUGCUGCUGCAGCACCUCGUAGAUCAGCUGGAGAAGCAAGGGAGACCUGAUGUUCUUCUCCAACGCCCAGACCUUCUUCAGAAGUUGUUGCAUGUUAUCAUGCCGCUACUUCCCCUAAAGGCUGCUCUCGGUAAAUUUGCCAUGAACAGCAAAACGACACACUCUUCUCGUCCUCAAGGCUCUGUUGGUGGGGCUCAUCAGCCAACUGCCCGCAUGGCACAACCAACAUCCGGAAGGCCUUUAUCUACCUCUCUCUUCCGGCAAAUGCAUACAAACGCCCCACCGCGCAGUGCAGAAAGCAGCACGCAUCCGAUGGCGCUCCAUUACUCUCAGCCCCGCCUACCAAGGACUCUCCCGGCACCUACCGUUCGGGGGAUGAUGCAAGUGCUGAGGGACUUGAGUGACGGUAAUUCCACGACUUGGAAUCCCAGUAUCAACAACCACGAACGCGCUAUGGAUGCCACCCACAAUGCGGCCAACCGUUUGUCGAAGGACCGCGAUUCUAGGCGUGCCUCUUCGACACGAGUCCGCAGCGUUCCCAUACGUGAUCUGGGCACUUCAACUGGAUCUGGUGGAGUUGAGAAGCCGUUGCACUGGUAUGAUAAGCCUCGGCCAGUGCGUGCAGUUAGCAGAGGGAAUGCAUACACGCAUGUGGCUUCAAGGCUACCUCAAGGCGCUCUACAGCAUAGGAGGCCGCUGAAAACACGGUCACAGGCAGUUUUGCUGGAAAAGAAUAGUGCAGAGCGAAAACCAUUCCGACCUUCUGCGUUGGACUGGGCUACCUCUCCGUGCCUCAGCAACGAAUCAAUGACAGAGCCUGUUGCAUCUGCGAGAUCGGGCGAUUCGGAAGACACCAUCAAAUCCGCUGCUACUCCAUCACUAGAGAGCGCUAUGGAGGACUAUCCAGAGCUAGGACGUGCCAAGCAGUUGGAUAAGGAGCGUCCUGGGCUUGUAGAUCGGAGUGUCAAGCGGCCGCAGUCUCUUGUGCGUUUUACCGUUACUCGAGACGUUGAAGCAUUGCCACCUUCUCCGCGGGCCAGUAAUUCGGAUGGGGAGAUACCACAGUCGAGCGUAUCGGGAAGGAGCGCUCUGGAAAACCAAAGAAGCCCCGCAUCCCGCGAAGAGGUUCAGUCUGUAGAUCACGAUACCCGUCACCUAGCGCCUAAUUCAGCAGGCAAGAGACGACAACCUCCAGAACCUGGACCUACAGCUGCGAGGAGACAUACAGUUGCUGCCACGGUUGCUUCCCCACAGCGUAGUACGGAGGAGGAAAAGCUGAUUCGCAGUUUGGAAGGAAGUACAGAAGGUUCCUUAGGACCACAGGAAAGACGUGAAAGGCGCUUUACUGCCUCGGCAGUAACGAAGUUUAAAAGCACGGCGGCAGCGAUCAAGGGUGGUCGCCUUGUUUUUGCGGGGGAAGAGCCAGAUGGAGGAGCUAAAAGCCAAGGGAUUACUCGAAUUCCACUUUUAAAAGACAUCCCUAAAGCCCGUGAGGGGCGAAGGGCCACAACUCAAAUUGGGACUCCAAGAAACGGCAGUCCACUCAGCCCGAAGCUUCCCUAUGGGGCAAAGAGAAAAACGUCGCCUGUAGUCACUAGAAAGCUAGGGAAAAAGGGUAGCAGAACAUUUCAAAAGUCGUCGUCCAUUUCUCCUAGAGAGCUGUCCCCACCGUCUGCAAGAGGACGGAGGAUGUCUGCGCCUCCUCCAAGGAGGAUAACACAAGCCAAAAUUUCUUCAACAUUUCCUUCAAGGACGCGUAACGUCGGUGAACGCACUUCCCCAACUAGAAUUUCUUCUGCUUCUUUCAAGUCUACUACUAGAAGAAAGACGAUCAAGUCAAUUUCCGCAAAAGAGAAAGGAGAAGCUAUUGAGGCACAGAAGGAUGGGGAGUCUUCCACGCCAGAAACAAACGGUACGGCUCAGCAUGAAAAGAAAGACGAACAAAAGGACGAUGAUAAGAGCGAAGAAGCACCAGAGGCAGUUAAGCCCGAUCCAGAGCCGCCAUAUCCAUACCUCACCCUUAAGGAGUUGCCGGCUCUGGAUCAGCCCCUCAGACCUCUCUCCCACCUGUGCGAACUGCCUUUUAAGGAUGGCGCGAACUCCCCUCCACGCAUUGACGAUUCAGUAACUUUCAUACAUGUUCUGGAGCGCUCGGAACGCCUCACACAAGGCGCUAGAGGUGAAGCCACCCAGCGCGCAGUGUCCCAGCUCUGCAGCGAUGGUCCUGGAACGAUGCUGCUAGUUGCGCGCUGGCUAGAUUCAGAAGCAGAUGCUGUCGAGAGCAACACCAUCACAGCUAGCGAGAAAUUUCCUUGGCGAGAGGUCGUUCCGCCUCUCUUCGUUGGGGCCAACAAGCACCGAGAACUGUUGAGUUCAAAGACGCGCAGCCAGUUCUCACCAAAAGAACUACAAGCAUUUCUAGAGACAGAAGGCUUCAUUGAAACACAGGGACAAAAGCUACAGCAUUUGCUUGAGACAAAGGGCACCACAACCAAGCCCGCAGAAGUACAAGGCGGGAGGUCUGAUCUAAUCUCUACUUACUAUGAGCAUGUCGCUUCCAAAUAUCAGCAUGCCCCCGCAUCUGUGAAGGUCAACGUCUCUAACGAAAGCGAUGAAACGGGGCAUUCUCUGAGUGUUGCUACAAAUCCUGUGGGGGAUUGCAUCAAUGAGCCAUCAUCACAAGGCUUCAGUCGACCCCAACUGGGAAGCUCUCCUCAUGCUGGUGAAGCAUUCCCCAUCCAGAUUCGUGAGAGCCAAGCGACAAGUGAAGAGAGCAGAAACGCAGGUGGGCAAGAUUGUCGGGUCUCAAGCGAAACCUCUUCUUCGUCUGCAAGUUCCCUCUUGACCUCGCCCUCAAUUCCUUCGCAUAUAUCCAGGAGCCUCUUUAGGAGCAGCCUCAAUGCUAGUGAAGGGACAGAAUCCCCCAUCGAAAAAGUGGAUGAACCACGUCACCAUGAUGGAACCAAUAAAAUUAGUGACUCCGGAACACUGCACUCACAGUCCGCCCUCCAGAGUGUACCGCCGCCUUCCUCCAAAAUCCGAGCAAAGUUGCGAGGCCGAGCGGCAGAAGGUCAGCUCUACAAAGCGAACUGUGGUUUCCCGGCAGAUCUUCCAGAGCAAGAACGUUUUUCUGCUAUUCCGACAACUUCAGCGAAAUCAAAGCCGAAGAAGCAUAUUGCGGCAAAGGUUGUAUCCCGUGUGGCGUCUAUAGAGCAGAAGAAUGCUCUUGGUCCCAAGCCGCUGCGGCCGCUCGGACAAGCACAGUGGCAAAUACCAACUGCACCAGGGGACCCCCCUUCCCUUCGAGACCCGCAGAACGAAGCAGAGAUACUAGCAGCUGCAAACCAAGGUAGCCUUCCGACUGCGAACACAGGGAAAUACGAACCGCGUGAGGCCUUAGGUGCCGCAGCUGCCCUUCCGCCCUCAAAGGAAAAUGAGUCACCCAAACCUGUAGCCGGGCAAGACCUUGUUGGGUCGUCUUCACAGACUGAUGCAGAUAAACCCGUGUUACCAGCCCAAGGGCGUAUUGGUGAUACUUCAUCAAGGCGAUCUCGUGACCAAACCGUGAAGAAGCAAGCCACUGUGCAGUCCAAGUUGGUUGCCUCGCGCAGUUCGUCGUCAAACCGGUUUAACUUGUCGAAGUCCGCAGCUCGCCGUCCAGCAGCGGCAGUCCAGCCAGAGCGGACUGGAAGUAUCCGUAAAGCGAUUCACCAAACUCAGACUCCGUCAAGUCCUACACGCUUGACGCAAGAGGCUAUGGAUCUGUUGUCGGAACCUCAAGUACUGGCUGAGAUGGCGAGGCUUUGCACUCGUCUAUCAAACCUCGUCUGCUGUACGUCAGCUUCCCCUCCUGUUGAUCUCCACUCUGGAGAUGACGAGGCUUCUGCCACUUAA